AUGAGCAACGGGUCUACGUCUGCAACCUCGAAUGCCUCAAAUAAUUCAGCUGCGCCGGGCUCAGCGGCAAGUCCUUUGAGCGUAGACGGCGGAGCUUCUGUCGCCAGCCAAGGCCAAGCUCCGGCAAUCAAACGCCGAUCUCCAAUCGCAUGCCGAAGAUGUCGCCGGAUGAGAAGCAAGUGCGUUCACGAGAAGGGCAAGCCUCCGUGCAAGUCCUGUCAUGAAGCGGGCAUACCUGCAGAGGAAUGGUUAGUUACACUUGCGCCGAAUGUUCCUCGCCUAAUUCCCAUCUCUAACACCCCGCUCCCUUUACACAGCAUCUUUCCAGUCAGGGGACAACCUGAUCUGGAUCGUGAGUAUCGACACCCUCGCACGAGAGCCGAAAAGACUACGAGAAGUGGUUCGAUCAGCUCCAAGCCACGUCGCUGUAAUGCAGAUGGCUCACUUGUACCUCAACAACGGCAGGCUGAUAAUUGGGAGAAUCUCCCCCCUCUCGAGGAGCUCAUUGACGGCGUCAAUCUUUUCACAAAACAGUACUUUCAACUCGGCUUUAUUCCCAAGGAGCAGUAUCCGGAGCGUCUGCGUAAGGAUUCGCGCUCAACUAGCCUGUUUCUACUCAUGGGCAUUCUCAGCAUUUCAGCUCGACUCAGUCCUGCCUUCAAAUUACGAUAUGGGACCGGUGUGAAAGCUGCCGAGUACUUUAUGGAAAGGGCAUCGUCGAUUGCGUUCGAAGAGGUGUACCAAGAACCUACACUAGAAAGAUGCCAAGCCUUUUAUUUGUUAAGCAUUGCCCAACAAGGCAGUGGUGAGCGCAACAGGAGCUAUAUUAAUAUGGGCAUUGCCAUCCGAAUGGCCAUUCUCAUGCAGCUCCAGCGAGAGGAAACGUAUCAUAUUCCGAACCCAACACCUGAGCUCAUCAUACGCGCCGAAUCCGCAAGACGAACACUUUGGAUGUUACACAGCCAAGACAAUUUACAUUCAGGGCCCCUGUCUCCCGUGUCGCUGUCCGCAGGUGACAUCACGACACUUCUACCCUGCAACGAAGAGGACUUUGCAAAUGGACAUGAACCAAGAUCGCGAGCUGCUUUGGAAGGGACACCGCCCGCUAUGGACAACCCGGAGCUAAUACGAGAUUCCAACCGUUCGCUCUUUGCAACGCUGAUGCAGAUUCACUCUUGGUGGGGCGUAGUUGGACGACGUGCCGUCAGGUUCAGCAAGAGUCCGCGUCCCUGGGACCCAACGAGUGAAUUCUCGCAAACGGCCGAAAAGCUGAGAGAGUGGGAAGAGAAAUUACCUCAGGAACAUAGAUGGAGCACCUAUCUUCUCCAACGGUACAAGGCGGAAAGCCAGGAAUUGGCCUACUUGUGCGUGACAAUGAUGACGCGCUUGUCCAACAUCGUUCUUCGUAGACCAUAUCUGAUAGACAUUAUAAAACCCGACAAAAAGGGCCACACGAAAUUUUUCACAGACAUGUCCAACGAAAUCUUCAUCAACGUGCGAUAUCUGUACGAACAAAUCGAUGCCCAAUUCACCAACCGAUCUCCGGAUGAGAGCGUCGGCGCCCAAAUUGCCGCAUUUUGUGUAUAUAGCUGUGGCUUGUUCUCAACCUACCUUUGCAAAUACCCAAGCAGUAAGCCCCCGCUCCCUCUCACCUCCCUCCCGUUCUCGAUUUACAAAUGUAACAAGCCAACACCAAACCCACCAGUCUGCCAGGACAAAGCCCUCGUCCGUGACGGACCUAUGAUGCUCCAAAGAACAAUCAAUAUCCUCAAAGAAUGCCGAGAAGUAUGGCCCCUAGCAGCACGCUGGGUAGAAGCCCUCGAGAAGUUCUCCCUCGAUCCGCAGUCGGCCACGUUUGGCAAUGAAGGAAGCAUGGACGACGGGAAAGACCCCAUCCCUCGCUUUACACGACAAUUACCACCCCUAUUCCCCAUCACAAAACCGAUUCUACCCCCUGCGCCUCCUCCAACUCUACCCGGACCAAACAUCCUCCCACGACCAGGAACCCAGCCUGAACUACCGCCCUCGUCAUCCAUCGGAUCACCGCACCACCAAAGCGCUAUAUCUAAUCCUGCUCCCAGCCUUCAGUUACCCUCUCCGCCGCAACAACAAACCCAACCACAACUCCAUCAAUCGCAGGGCUACCCAGGCGCAACCCUUCCAGUACCAGCAACAAUCUCCCCACACCCGUAUGCAAACCAGCUCCAGCCCCCUCACGCAGCAGCCCAACCAAACUCACACAAUAUGUACAUGCACACCCCGAUGGGCCGCCAAAACGCCGACAGCCUAAGCAUGCUCAUCGAAGCGUUUGACUCAAACAAUCCCGGCCCGCCGGCUCCGCAUUAUGGCGCGGGCAACUUCAACCCGCAACUUGUUCCUGGAACGGAUGGUUUCGAGGGCGAACUCCAGUUUUACAUUGACGGGGCGACGUCUGCUUGGAUGAACAGCAGUGCCUGGCUGGACACGAUGCAAUGA